AUGGGGGAAGGCUCAGAUAAAGAUAAGGGAGGGGUUAUAGGGAAUGACGUAGAGUUUGUCCUUGCCACUCAGGAUAGUGAGCUUUCAAGUAGGAGAGGCAGUGAGGAAAAGAGAGGCGAGCAGCUGCUGCAGAUCCGAGUGAGUGGGUGUGCUUUUAGCAUGUGUGAGUUUGUGUUGCAACGUGCUGUCCAAGUGGUCCGAAUGCGCUUCAUCAAGGUUAAUAGGAUUCAAGAAGUUUUUGAUGAGAUGCAUAGAAGAGACACUAGUCUUGAAGGUUUGGCAGGGAUUUUCAAGUCCUAUUUUGAGAAGUUGUUUUUCUCUUCUGAGCCUGGAUUUGGUGAGAUUAACAAUUGUCUGAGAAGUGUGGCACCUUCUGUUACCAGUAGCAUGAAUGAACAGCUAUCCAAAGUUUUCACUAGAGAGGAAGUUGAGGCAGCUGUGAGGAAUAUGGCUCCAUACAAGUCACCUGGACCUGAUGGUUUUGAGGCUUGCUUCUACCAGGAACACUGGCAUCUUAUAGGAGAAGGAAGAUUAAUCACUGACAAUAUCAUGGUAGCCUUUGAGGUUUUGCACACCAUGAAAGUGAGGAAGAAAGGGAAAGUAGGGAAUAUGGCCAUCAAGCUUGAUAUGUCAAAAGCUUAUGAUAGGAUUGAAUUGCAUUUUUUGCAAGUUGUCAUGGAGAAAUUGGGUUUUUGUUCCAAAUGGAUAGAGCUGGUUAUGAAGUGUGUGUCUUCUGUUUCAUACUCAGUUCUUGUUAAUGGUAAACCAGGAGGCCCACUACCCAGAUUUGCCGGCGUUGGUUAUGCGCCGGCAACUGUCCAAAAAAAUGCCACUAAUUAA